AUGCUGGGGGCACUGGAGAGGCACCGAGAAGGUGAUUUGGGGUCGCUUCAGGGAUCAGCAUGGGAGCUUGUCCUCAGGAACCUUGUGUGCCACAUGGCAGAGUUUGAUGCCUGGGAUAUGAUUUCGUUUCUGUUGGAGCGCUGCUUGGAUGCUAAUGUGGAGGUGGACCUGGGAGGAUUCGUGCCUUCUCUGGGGGCCUUGACUUGUGGCGCCGAGUUGAAGGCGCAGGUCCUUGGGGCAGCUGCCCGGUUCAGCGAGUCUCCAGUGCCGAAUCUCCCCGUGGUUGGAGCAUCUGAAGAGGGGAGUGGGCAUCCCUCUGCGCCACCAACCACAUCAGUCAAUGGGAAGGGGCAUGAGCAUUAUGAACAAGUACCCGAAUGUGUGACCAGGGAACGGCAAGGUACAGACAGAGCCCUGGAGUGCAAAUUCGAUCCUGAAAGAGUUGUCAGUGAGAGCAGGGAUGGGAAGCAAGGCAUGGAUGACAAACGAGAUACAGAUAUUUGGGACAGUGAUGGGUGGGUUAUGGAGGGAAUGGCAGUGACACAGGGCGAAACAACGGAAACAGAGUUAUUUGCGAAUGCAGGCAAGGAGCAAGUGAAUGACGUGGAUAUCAUGGCUGACAGAAUGGACAGUGGCAGUUCGUGCCAAGGGGUUGGCUCCUUGUCUGCUGUGAGUGGCAUUGCUGCUGCUGCUGCUGCUCUUGUGGCCCAGAGCAAUGAGUCAAGCACAAGCUUGCAGCUAAAGGUUGCACAGCAUGUGGCAUCACCUGCAGACAAGGAUUUGGGGCCAAACUUUGAGGGGAGACCAGCACAGGGCCAGCAAUCCAGACAGGCACAAACUCUGAUUGAGCGCUUCCAGCAGUUGUCGCCAAGCCGAUGGCCGGGGCCAGUGAAACGGAGUGCAGUCCCUGAUGGGCAGCGGCCAUUGCAGCUGCUUGCCCAAAGCAAGGUCAAUAGUGCUGCAGCCCUGGAACUCAACAGCCAGGAUGAUGACCAGAGGCUAUCGGGCAGCAGCCUGAUCAGUGACCCAAGCUCGUUGACCUGCAGUGAUAAUACUCUGGGGGACUGUGAGAUACCACCAGCAAAAGACAAGUCGUUAGGUGUCCUGCGGAGCAUGUCAAGCAUCGUGCGCAAGAUGCUCGGUAUGAAAUCUCUUCCCCAGGGCACUGGUGGCAUGGAAAAGCAGCAGGAUGGCAUUCCGACAGUAUUGAUGAAGGGACCACGUGCCCAGGAGCAGGCCAGGGCUGAGCCAUAUAGUGACCACCUGUCUCGCUCUGCCACUGCCCCCAGAGCUUUUUGA